AUGCCUGUUUCUUUUUUUUAUCCGUAUCUGUUUCUUUUACUCCUCUCUCUGAGCCAUUCUGUUUCUUUUAUACCUCUCUCUGAGCCAUUCUCCAUUCUGUUUCUUUUAUCCCUCUCUCUGAGCCAUUCUGUUUCUUUUUCCUCUCUCUCUGAGCCAUUCUGUUUCUUUUUUUAUUCCUCUCUGAGCCAUUCUGUUUCUUUUACUCCUCUCUCUGAGCCAUUCUCCAUUCUGUUUCUUUUUAUUCCUCUCUCUGAGCCAUUCCGUUUUUUUACUCCCCUCUCUGAGCCAUUCUGUUUUUUUAUUCCUCUCUCUGAGCCAUUCUGUUUUUUUUUUCCUCUCUCUGAGCCAUUCUGUUUCUUUUUAUUCCUCUCUCUGAGCCAUUCCGUUUCUUUUACUCCCCUCUCUGAGCCAUUCUCCAUUCUGUUUCUUUUUACUCCUCUCUCUGAGCCAUUCUGUUUCUUUUUAUUCCUCUCUCUGAGCCAUUCUGUUUCUUUUACUCCCCUCUCUCUGAGCCAUUCUGUUUUUUUAUUCCUCUCUCUGAGCCAUUCUGUUUCUUUUUUUCCUCCCUCUGAGCCAUUCUCCAUUCUGUUUUUUUUUACUCCUCCCCUCCCUCUGAGCCAUUCUGUUUCUUUUAUUCCUCUCUCUGAGCCAUUCUGUUUUCUUUUAUUCCUCUCUCUGAGCCAUUCUGUUUCUUUUACUCCUCUCUCUGAGCCAUUCUGUUUUUUUACUCCUCUCUCUGAGCCAUUCUGUUUCUUUUAUUCUCUCUCUGAGCCAUUCCGUUUCUUUUUACUCCCCUCUCUGAGCCAUUCUGUUUCUUUUAUUCCUCUCUCUCUGAGCCAUUCUCCAUUCUGUUUUCUUUACUCCUCUCCUCUGAGCCAUUCUGUUUCUUUUAUUCCUCUCUCUGAGCCAUUCUCCAUUCUGUUUCUUUUAUUCCUCUCUCUGAGCCAUUCUGUUUCUUUUCCUUUCCCCUCUCUGAGCCAUUCUGUUUCUUUUAUUCCUCUCUCUGAGCCAUUCUCCAUUCUGUUUUUACUCCUCUCUCUGAGCCAUUCUGUUUUUUUACUCCUCUCUCUGAGCCAUUCUGUUUCUUUUAUUCCUCUCUCUGAGCCAUUCUGUUUUCUUUUAUCCCUCUCUCUGAGCCAUUCUGUUUCUUUUUUACUCCUCUCUCUGAGCCAUUCUGUUUCUUUUAUUCCUCUCUCUGAGCCAUUCUCCAUUCUGUUUCUUUUUUUAUUCCUCUCUCUGAGCCAUUCUGUUUCUUUUUAUUCUCUCUCUGAGCCAUUCUGUUUUUUUAUCCCUCUCUCUGAGCCAUUCUGUUUCUUUUUACUCCUCUCUCUGAGCCAUUCUGUUUUUAUUGCUCUCUCUGAGCCAUUCUCCAUUCUGUUUCUUUUAUUCCUCUCUCUGAGCCAUUCUGUUUUUUUACUCCUCUCUCUGAGCCAUUCUGUUUCUUUUACUCCUCUCUCUGAGCCAUUCUGUUUCUUUUAUUCCUCCUCUCUGAGCCAUUCUGUUUUUUUUUUACUCCCCUCUCUGAGCCAUUCUGUUUCUUUUAUUCCUCUCUCUGAGCCAUUCUCCAUUCUGUUUCUUUUUUUUCUCCCUCUGAGCCAUUCUGUUUCUUUUACUCCUCUCUCUGAGCCAUUCUGUUUCUUUUACUCCUCCCUCCCUCUGAGCCAUUCUGUUUCUUUUAUUCCUCUCUCUGAGCCAUUCUGUUUCUUUUACUCCUCCCUCCCUCUGAGCCAUUCUGUUUCUUUUAUUCCUCUCUCUGAGCCAUUCUCCAUUCCGUUUCUUUUUACUCCCUCUCUGAGCCAUUCUGUUUCUUUUUUUCCUCUCUCUGAGCCAUUCUGCUUUUUUUUAUUCCUCUCUCUGAGCCAUUCUGUUUCUUUUAUCCUCUCUCUGAGCCAUUCUGUUUCUUUUACUCCUCUCGCUGAGCCAUUCUCCAUUCUGUUUCUUUUACUCCUCCCUCCUCUGAGCCAUUCUGUUUCUUUUACUCCUCCCUCUGAGCCAUUCUGUUUCUUUUUAUUCCUCUCUCUGAGCCAUUCUGUUUCUUUUAUUCCUCUCUCUGAGCCAUUCUGUUUCUUUUACUUUCUCUCUGAGCCAUUCUGUUUUUUUAUUCCUCUCUCUGAGCCAUUCUCCAUUCUGUUUCUUUUACUCCUCUCUCUGAGCCAUUCUGUUUCUUUUAUUCCUCUCUCUGAGCCAUUCUGUUUCUUUUACUCCUCCCUCCCUCUGAGCCAUUCUGUUUCUUUUAUUCCUCUGAGCCAUUCUGUUUCUUUUAUUCCUCCCUCUGAGCCAUUCUGUUUCUUUUACUCCUCUCUCUGA